AUGGCGGACGAGAAAGCACCCGAGGUUGACUACACCCUCAAUAACCCCGAUACCUUGACCAAGUACAAGACUGCCGCGCAGAUUUCUCACAACGUCCUCGAGGCUGUUCGUGAUCUUUGCUUUGAGGGAGAGAAGAUCGUCGAGAUCUGUCAGAAGGGUGACCAGCUUCUCGAAGAGCAAAUCGCCAAGGUCUACAAGGGCAAGAAGAUCGCUAAGGAUUCUAACCUCAGCAAAGGUAUCUCCCACCCUACUACCGUCUCCCCUAGCUCCUACGUCACUCCCUACACCCCUCUGGUGUCCGACGCCGCCGAAGCCGAGAUCGUUCUGAAGGCCGGUGAGGUCAUCAAGAUCCAGCUCGGUGCUCAGAUCGAUGGAUUCGGAACCAUUGUUUGCGACAUGCUUGUCGUUGCCAAGAAGGACUCCAAAGACGUUGUGACCGGUCGUGAGGCUGAUCUCAUUCUCGCUACCCACUACGCCAACGAAGUUCUGCUCCGCCUCAUGAUUCCCCAGGGUCUUUUGGCUCAGGGUACCGAUGAGGAGAAGAAGAAGGCCGCUGCCCAGAAGGCCCCUACUCAGGCCUACAUGUCUUCCCUCCUGGAGAAGAUUGCCAAGACCUACGACUGCAACGUCGUCGAGAACACCACCAGUUGGUUGUUCGGCCGCAACGAAAUUGAGGGCGAGAAGAAGAUCAUCCUCGCCCCUGGUAACGGUGUCCGCGGUGACGGUGUCCCCGAGGUCGGUGAAGUUUGGGGUGUUGAGGUUGGCCUCUCCCUCGGCUCCGGUAAGGUCAAGAACCUCGACCACCGAGCCACUCUUCACCGCCGUACCACCACCACCUACGGCCUCAAGCGGCCCAGCUCCCGUCAGACCCUCUCCGAGGUUGUUAAGAAGUUCGGUACUUUCCCCUUCAGCUUGCGCCAGCUCGAGGACGAGAAGGCCGCCAAGGUUGGUGUCGUUGAGUGUGUUCGUGCCGGUGUCCUGCGCCAGUACGAGCCCGCUGGCGAGACUGACGGUUCCGCCGUCUCUCGUCUGUUGACCACCGUGGCCAUCACCAAGAACGGUCUCACCAAGCUCGCUGCCGCCAACCCCGUUGACCUCGAGAAGUUCAAGUCUGACAAGAAGAUCGAGGACGAGGAAAUCCUCAAGAUCCUCGAGCAGCCCCUUUCCCGCUCCACCGGAAACAAGAAGAGCAAGAGCAAGAAGAAGACCACCAAGACCGAGGGUGCUGAGUAA